ACACACACAGCACAACGCAACGACCCGAGCUACACUGCCACCGAUUCGCAAUCUGAAUAUUAACAUAAGUCCCUAUUCUGUUACUAAUCAGCCUGCGACUGUUCCGGAAUUAACGAAAGAGAGAACACAAUGUCCUCGACCACCAAAGCUGCCAGAAUAGGGGAAGAAAUUUGGAAAACAAAGAUCGAUAAAGUCAAUGCCGAGUUAGUCACGCUCACGUACGGAACGAUAGUCGCACAACUCUGUCAGGAUUACGAUGGGGACUACCUGGAGGUUAAUAAACAACUCGAUAAGAUGGGCUAUAACAUCGGCAUGCGAUUGAUUGAGGAUUUUCUUGCCAAAUCGAAUACUGGGAGAUGCGCGAAUUUCAAAGAGACGGCCGAUAUAAUCUCAAAAGUGGGAUUCAAGAUCUUUCUUAAUAUAACGCCGACCGUCACCAAUUGGACCAGCGACAAUAAGCAGUUUUCCUUGGUUCUGGAUGAGAAUCCGCUGGCAGACUUUGUGGAGUUACCAGAUGACGACCGAGCACAAGAUCAAUUGUGGUUUUCGAAUAUUCUCUGUGGUGUGCUGAGGGGGGCAUUGGAAAUGGUCCAAAUGCAAGUAGAAGCUCAUUUCGUCAGCGACGUCCUCCGAGGCAGCGAUACGACAGAGAUCCGAGUGACGUUGAUUCGAUAUAUCGAGGAUGAGAUGCCGCCAGACGAUGAAUAA